AUGAUUUUACAAAACAAGAAUUGGAAUACCCAUAGUGGAGAGAUUAUAAUUUCCCCUUUUCCUCCUGAACAAACUAUAAGUUUAGGAAAGAAUGUUGAAGCUACAGCUUAUUUAAACCUCCAAAAUCAGAAAGUUGAGAAUGAUUAUAUUACUCUCAAAGAAUUAAAUGCAAUAAUUAAAUCUCAGAAUUACACUAAUUCUUUCCUUAUUUGUUUAGGUGACCAAUUUAUGUCCCUAGAAAAAGAUAUUUCUGAUUUAAAAAGACUUUUAGAAGAACAAUUAACUAAACAGAAUUUAAUUCUAAAUCAUUUAGAAAAGAAUAAAAUUGAUAGUGAAUCCUCAGAGAUUGUUAUUAAUAAAGAUGUCCCUAUCAUUCAACCACCUAUAGCGGUAGAAGGAUUUAAAUUAAAAUCUAAUAACGAUGAAUUUAUUAAUGUUUUAGAAGAGAAGCUUAAGCAACUUCGCUUAAAUGUCUUAUCUCAAAAAAAUAUGUCCGACACCUCUGAUAUAGAGGAUAUUGACCAAUUAGCAGAAAUAUUUGCUAAUCAUGAGAUAAAUGAUCAGGUUGCUCAAAUAAAUCCUAUUUAUGCUCCUAAACCUGUAGAAAAAUAUUAUUAUAAGAGGCCUUCGCCUCAAGAUUUACUCUUUGAAGAAGCUGAACCUUUCCAGAAUAAGAAUUCUGGAAAGGUUCAGCUUCUUCAAAGAGUAAAUCUUGAGGCGAAGACCUCUUAUAAUAUUUAUGAAUGGAAUAUUGAUGGCUUAAAUGAUAAGCAAAUCAUUGAUAUGAUACAUAGAAUAAUUAUGUAUUCAUCUAUUUGUAAACAGCAAGAUAAUUCUGAUAGCUCUAUAGCGUCGUUUAUAACAACUGGAUUUGUUGGCCAAUUGAGAGGUUGGUGGGAUCAUUAUCUCACUGAUGUUCAGAAGAGAGAAAUUCUCUCUCAUAAAAAGCUUAUAAAAGCUGAAACGUCAAGUAGUAAUAUUACUAUCACUACUACUGGAGAAGAAGAUGCAGUUUAUACACUAUGUCUCUCCAUUCUACAACAUUUUGUAGGAACUAAUAUUCCCAUUGCAGAGAAAUUGCAAACAUUAUUGCAAAAUCUUAGAUGCCCAUCUUUAACUCAUUUUAGAUGGUAUAAAGAUACUUUUUUAUCCAGAGUUUUUCAAUUAAAAAAUCCCAAUUCUAUGCAUUGGAAAUCAAAAUUUGUAGAUGGUUUACCUCAUCUUUUUGCUGAAAGAAUAAGACAAACUCUUAGAAAUAAUAAUGAUGGAAUAAAUAUUAAUUAUUCUGAUUUAACUUAUGGCCAAAUUAUUAGUACAUGUAUUAAUGAAGGAUUAUCUUUAUGUAAUGACAUAAAACUUAAAAAUCAACUUAAAAAACAAAAAUUAACUAAAAAACACCAAAUAGGUGAAUUCUGCGAGCAAUUCACUUUUGACAUAGAAAAACCCCCUGAGAGCAGGAAGAAGGGUAAAAUAAAUAAGAUAAGACCCUAUAGAAGUAGAAGAAAAGAUCCAUUAGAUACUUAUAAGUAUUCGUAUAAGAAAAAACGUAGAAAAAAUUAUUCUAAACCAAAACAUAAGGAUUAUACUCCUAAUUUUAGCAGAAAAAGAAAAGCUAAAAAGCUUGACAUAACUUGCCACAAAUGUGGAAAGGUUGGCCAUUAUGCUAAUCAAUGUAGGACUAAAAAAGCCCUAAAUGAUAUUGAGGAUGAAGAACUUAGAAAUCAAUUAGAAAAGGUUCUUCUUAUUAAUUCUGAGUCUGAAGUAGAAUCCUCUGAAGAUGAGGUUAGCUAUAGCUCUUCUUCAGAUACAUCUGAUAACAAUAGUUGUCAAUGCAAUGAACUAAACUAUUGGAAAUCCAUAGUAGAAAUGAAUGGUCUAAAUGUUCUAACCAGUGAACAGGAUGAAGCUUUAAAAGCUUUAGAAGCUAUCCCAGAUGAUAAUUUGAGAAGAAAAUUAAUAGAAACUUUAAUAAGGGAUAAUCUUAGAGGAAAAGCUCCUUUAAUUAAAGAAGCCCCUUAUCAGCUUAGCGAAGUCUUAUCUAGGUUUCGUCAAUCUAAUGAACGUGAAACUCCUGUUUCUAUAUAA